CGGGGCAAAGAAAGGGAGGAAGGAAGGAACCCGCAAAGGAAGCCGAGCGGCGCGGGGGAGGGAAGGGCGCGCGGCGGGCGUCCGGGGAGCGCGGCCACACAAGUUCGCGGGCGCCUCGCAGCCGGGCCGCGCCGGGCCGGGCCGGGUCGGGCCGGGGGCGCCGCGCGGGCGGGGGGUGCGGGCCGCGGCUCAGCCCCCCGGCCCUCGAGAGCCACCGCGCCGCCGCCGUCCGCGCGGCCAGGCCCCGCCAUGGACCCCGGGCCGCCUCCCGCCGCCCAGGGUCCGGGGCAGCCGCCGGCGCAGCCCCCGCCCGGCCAGGGCCCCCCGGCCGGCCCGGCGCAGCCCGCGCCCCCCGGAGCCUCGGCGGCGCCCCCGGCGCCCCCCGCCGGCCACCAGAUCGUGCACGUCCGGGGGGACUCGGAGACCGACCUGGAGGCGCUGUUCAACGCCGUCAUGAACCCCAAGACGGCCAACGUGCCGCAGACCGUGCCCAUGCGGCUGCGCAAGCUGCCCGACUCCUUCUUCAAGCCGCCGGAGCCCAAGUCCCACUCCCGCCAGGCCAGUACUGAUGCAGGCACUGCAGGAGCUCUGACUCCACAGCACGUUCGAGCUCAUUCCUCCCCAGCUUCCCUGCAGCUGGGCGCCGUGUCUCCUGGGACCCUGACCCCUACUGGAGUUGUCUCUGGCCCAGCAGCUGCAAGCCCUGCCCAGCACCUCCGCCAGUCUUCUUUUGAGAUUCCUGAUGAUGUACCGCUGCCUGCAGGCUGGGAGAUGGCCAAGACUUCAUCUGGUCAGAGAUAUUUCUUGAAUCACAUUGAUCAGACAACCACAUGGCAGGACCCCAGAAAGGCCAUGCUGUCCCAGAUAAAUGUAACGGCUCCCACCAGUCCGCCAGUGCCGCAGAACAUGAUGAACUCCGUCUCAGGUCCUCUUCCUGAUGGAUGGGAACAAGCCAUGACUCAGGAUGGAGAAAUUUACUAUAUAAACCAUAAGAACAAGACCACCUCUUGGCUAGAUCCAAGGCUUGACCCUCGUUUUGGUAAAGCCAUGAACCAGAGAAUCAGUCAGAGUGCUCCCGUCAAGCAGCCACCUCCGCUGGCCCCCCAGAGCCCUCAGGGAGGUGUCAUAGGUGGCAGUGGCUCCAACCAGCAGCAGCAGAUGCGGCUGCAGCAACUGCAGAUGGAGAAGGAGAGGCUGCGACUGAAGCAGCAAGAACUGCUUCGGCAGGUGAGGCCACAGGGAAUGCGGAAUAUCAAUCCCAGCACAGCAAAUUCUCCAAAAUGUCAGGAAUUAGCUCUUCGUAGCCAGUUGCCAACACUGGAGCAAGAUGGUGGUACUCAGAAUCCAGUAUCCUCUCCUGGGAUGUCUCAGGAAUUAAGAACAAUGACAACCAAUAGCUCAGACCCUUUUCUUAACAGUGGCACUUACCACUCUCGGGAAGAGAGCACUGACAGUGGUCUGAGCAUGAGCAGCUACAGUGUCCCACGGACUCCGGAUGACUUCCUCAACAGUGUCGAUGAAAUGGAUACAGGUGAUACUAUCAACCAAAGCACUCUACCCUCACAGCAGAACCGUUUCCCAGACUACCUUGAAGCUAUUCCUGGCACAAAUGUGGACCUUGGCACCCUGGAAGGAGAAGGAAUGAACAUAGAAGGCGAAGAAUUGAUGCCAAGUCUACAGGAAGCUUUGAGUUCUGACAUCCUCAAUGACAUGGAGUCGGUAUUGGCUGCCACCAAGCUAGAUAAAGAGAGCUUUCUCACAUGGUUAUAGAGCCCUCAGGUAGACUGCUUUCUAAUCUGUGAAGGAUCUAAGGAGACAUAGAUACCAGAAAUUUCCAAUUUUUUUCUGCCUGAUACAGAAAACAUCCGGCAAGAUUCUUUUAUCCACUAUUUUUCUCUUCCUUGUUCAUUGCUGCUGUUAAUAUAUUGCUGACCUCUUUCAUAGUUGGCUCUAAAGAAUCAAGGGGAAAAAAACUUUUGUUUUUGUUUCUUUUGCUAUUGUAACUACUGUUUGUUUUGAGGCUGGGGGGAAGUGAGCCUGUUUGGAUAUAGGACGUCAUUGCUUUUUCCCAGCUAGGUGGUCACUGAUCAUUUUAACCAUGUGCACAGACUUGAAGUCAGUUUCUUCAUGUCACAGUGUUGAGUGUGUCCGUUCAAUUGUUUCUUCAGCUGCCUUUGACCAGUGGUAAAACAUGACUUACUGGUCUGACAAGCCAAAAAGUGUGUAUGCUGAUGUGAAGAUACAUAGCUGAAACCAAGGCUGGAGACCGUUUUCCCUCUCAGUGUGGCUUUUUUUCUUCUUUUUCCCUUUUCUUCUAGUAUUAUCAUUAGUCACAUAGUGACCUUGAUUUUUGUUUUAGGGGCUUAUAAGGCAUGAGACAAUUACCAUAGAAAUAUUGUUAAUUAUUGCCACAUAUUCUAGUAUAGGUUUUGAUGGGUUUUAUUGUGGGUUUUGUUUUAUUAUCGCUGGUUGGGUUUUUUGUUGUUUUUGUUUUUUCACCCCAGAGCCUAGGCAAAUUAGUUUAGUCUUGAAUAUGUUUAUAACUGUAACUUGGAAUGUUAUUGUAGUUCUUUUAGUAAAAUCUCCAUUUCUUUAUUUUUUUUUUAACUAUCUUAUUUAAAUCUUGAUUAUCUGCUCUUUCUCUAUACUCACAUACAUACACUUGAUGUUUGUGUAGUGGGAUAAUAGAAGGUAUAUUUUCUUCCUUUUUAGGUUUCCCUGCUUUCCAGUUUAUUUUAAGAUGGUAGCUUUGAAUGUAUGCAUCUAGAAUAUGUGACUGGUAGUUCUGUCACACAGGUAGGUAGCUUAAAUCUGACUGGUGCAGUCUGUGAAUGUUUGAGGUAGUUCAGUAUUCUCAGAAGGACUAUUAAGGACUAAUGCCUAGUGGAGAAUUGUAUGCCCCUUGGGUACACAAUAAAUAUUACCUGAUGAAUUUGAAGGAAGCAAACAAAUGGCUUUAUUUUCCCCUUUGAAAGAGUCUUAGUGGGAAUCACUGAGUAGAUCCUAAAGUAGGAAGCUGAAGUAAGCUAUUAUCCAUAGUGGUCUUACCUCCCUUUAGCUUUGAAAAGUUCACCUUCACCUUAGUUUCAGUAGAUUCUAGUAGUUUAGUGCCCAUUUAUAACAAACAUAUGAAAGAUUAAAGUGAAAUAGUGCCUAAAAAACUGUUCUUACUUGCUUCUAUUUCUCUAUGUUGAGACUUGAACCAGAGCAAGUGAGGUCUGAGUUAGCCAAUAAAGUGAUCAGAUUAAUAAAUGUAUAUUGGUAGUUGAAUUUAGCAAAGAAAUAGAGAUAAUCACAAUUGUACUUUUAUAUUUUACAGGAAGAGAUAUAACUAGAGUAUGUGUCUACAGGAGUAAUAAUGGUUUCCAAAGAGUAUUUUUUAAAGGAACAAAACGAGCAUGAAUCAACUCUUCAGUAUAAGCUAUAAAGUAAUGGUUGGCUAUGAAUUAAGUGGCACCAGUUAUGAUUAAGAGUCUUUGAAGUAUUUGGAGAACAAACUCUUACUUUCAAGGGUUUAUAGCAAACAGACAUAAAUUCUCUUUUCCUGGCUCAAACUUAUACGAACAGCCUCAGUUUGGGAAGGUAGGGUUUUUGUUUUUGUUUUCCCCAAAUCCAAGUAUUUUAAAGGAGUGCAAAAGAUGGAAGAAUUUUUUUUUUAGUAUUUCCAGUGCCCCCAAAAUGUAAUCAUUGUUGUAUACAAUUCAUAUGUUGAUCAUACUUAAUAAUUGACUCUUAAGACUUAUAUUGAAACAAUAGCAGACAGAUUAAAUCUUGAAUGAAGUCUGGAGGAAAUGGCCACUGCUCAGAUGUAUUGAUUUUUUUUUUUUAAGAGCAAUAAUGAAAUUCUACCUAGGGUGCAUAAUUAAGUCUAUGAAUGAUACAGCAUGUUGCUUUUCUUGUGCAGAAGAUCAAAGCCACAGAUUAGGAUCGCAUCUCACAUGCCAGCAGAGGAGCUCUAGCUUGCAGGAGAAGGGGGAGGGUGAGUAGUGGGACCAUGAUAGAGACCUUGAUAAGCUUCUUUUUCCUCAGUAAAGACGUAACUUGCAGCUUGCUGUCACUAAAGACAGUUCCUAAAAUUUCAAUCACUUACGUACACCCACAAAGCAAGAAUAUGGAGUUCUUCAUUUCCCUUUGACUGUUAGUUUGCCCAGUUAUACCUCAGUGUUGUGGUGGUGCACUGAGUAUCUGACACGGCACUUGAACUUACUCUCUGUGCUAACCUGGUGGGAACUGAAGCGUCCUUUUUCUCCUGAAUUUGAAUCACAACCUUGAUGUGGUCUUUGUUUUAUGUCUUGUUCCUAAUGUAAAAGUGGUUAACUGCUUCUUGGUUGUAUUGAGUAGCAUUGGGUUAAUAUUUUAACUGGGUAUUCUUGAAUUUGCCUUUACAAUAAACCAAUUUUAUAAUCUUUCAUUUUAUCAGCUUUUUACAUUUGUGUUCAUUUCAGUUAUGGUUUCUUAGAUAUACAUAAGCUGAUGAGUACAUUGAUUUAUUUGCUUGGAGUUUCAGAUUUUGCAAAGCACUAUUUGUAACGACUAUUUUCAAAUAUAGUGCCUUAUUCAUAUAGAUAAUACUGUUUUUAAAUCUUAAUUUUACAUAAAUGCACUCUUUUGCUAUAUGGAAACAUCCAUGGCAGAAAGACUGAAAAAUAGCCAUAAUUAAUUGUGUGAUUCAUAUUUCAUACCAAUCAGUGUUGAAGCUCAAAUGCAAAAAUGGAAGAUAGUAGCCUGUGAUGAUCAAUUUCAUAGCUUUUUGCCCAUCUGAGAAAUGAGCUCUCAGGUGAAUCGUAUCUUCCACAAGCAUGUUUUUAUAAGAAUUGUGGGUGUUCCUACCUGAGUUGUUUUCUGUAUCUUGAAAAAGUAUUCUUCACAUUUUAAAUGUUUUAUAUUAGAGAAUUCUUUAAUGCACACUUGUCAGAUAUAUAUAUAUAGUACCGAUGUUACCUUUUUAUCUUUUGUUUUAGAUGUAAGAGCAUGCUCAUGUUCGGCACUUCCAUACAUUGUUGCAUUCCUUUUCCUGUGUAGCACCUUUUUGUUUGUUUAUGUGGCUCAAAUAGAUUUCCUUAAACUC